AUGGCCCUCGUUUAUUUUCUACUCUUCGUCCUGUCCAUCACCCACGUAUCCAGCUCAUCAUCAUCAACAUCACCAUCACAACACAACAAACGCCACAUCGUGAACACCGUGUACGCGCCCGGUCACCUCCCUACGCGACACUCCGUCACCGAGUACCUCAACCGCGUACCCAUCGUGGUCCCGCACCCCGUACCCGUGGCCGUACCUCGCGGCGUACCGUACGCGGUGCCUGUCGGCGUACCUGUCAUACGACCGCGGCCGGUACCUGUGUUGGUUCCUCAUCCAGUGGCUCAAGUCAUACAUAGGCCGGUAGCUGUGCCGGUGGAUAGGCCGUUCCCGUACCCGUACGCGCACCCGGUACCUGUGACGGUGACGCAGGGGGUGGCGAUACCCGUGCCGCAGCCGUACCCGGUGCCGUACCCGUCGGCGGUGCCGGUCCGGGUGCCGCAUCCGGUGCCGGUCGUCGCCGGACAGACGGUAGUGUCGAGCAGUGGACAGGCUGUAGUACAUCCGUAUUGAAUGAGACUGUAUUAGUGUAAGGAUAGAUAAAUGGU